AUGCUCGGGCGGCUGCGGCGGCUCCUCCCCGCGGCCCCGCGGCCCGGCUGCGCCCCGCCGCCGUCCCGGGCCGCGCAGACGGGCGGUGCUGGAGCCCCGCGGCCGCGCCGCGACCUCUACGAGGUGCUGGGGGUCCCGUCCACGGCGACGGCGGCGCAGAUCAAGACGGCGUACUACGAGCAGUCGUUCCGGUACCACCCCGACCGCAACGCCGGCAGCGCGGCCGCGGCCGCGCGCUUCGCCGCCGUCAGCGAGGCUUACCGGGUGCUCGGCAGCGCCGCGCUGCGCCGCAAGUACGACCGCGGGCUGCUGAGCGCCGAGGAGCUGCGCGACGCGCCCCGGCCCCCGGGCCGCCCUCCUGCCGCGGCCUCGCCGCCGCCCCGCGCCCCCGCCGCCCGCUCGGGGCCCGUCCCGACACCCUUCGACUUCGACGCCUUCUACCGCGCGCACUACGGGGAGCAGCUGCUGCGGGAGCAGCUGCAGCGGGCGCGGCGGGAGCAGCUGCGCCUCCGGCGGGAGGAGUCCGCGGCACAGGGACGCCUUCGGAUCCUCUCCGAUCUCUCCAUCGGGCUCCUCUUCUUCCUGGGGGUUGCUCUCCUCUACGGCCUCAAGUGA